AUGGGUUGUAAUAACCUGUACAUCUGGUUAGCAGUUGUAUUGUCUUCUACAAUAUGUUCAGCCAGCGAUGGUAUCUUUGGAUCGAAAUAUCCGAACGAUAUUCCGGAAUACGACUUGCUGCACGCCAUUGGAGUUCCGUUCAGCAAUCCAAAGACUCAGUAUUUCGACGAAGGCCUCGAUGGGUUCCCUGCGUAUGGACUCAAACCGGGCUCCGAUAUUAAAUCACCGUAUAGGCUUUUCAUGCCAGAGAAAUUGUACGCUGAAUUUUCAAUAACAGCUACAGUCCGGCCGGCAAACAAAGAUGGUGGAUUUCUCUUUUCCGUCGUUAACCCUUUAGAAACUGUCGUCCAAUUGGGCGUCCAAUUAAUACCUUCUGGUCCGGGACUGACAAAUAUCUCUCUCCUAUACACGGAUGCUAAUAUUUACGCUUUGAGUCAAACUAUUGCUUCGUUUGUAGUUCCGUCGUUUGCUAAAAAAUGGAGUCGUUUUGCAUUGAAAGUAACGACCACUAAUGUAACGUUGUUUCUGAAUUGUCAAGAAUUUGAUACAAUUGUCGUUAAGAGAAAUCCACCAGAGCUGGUAUUUGAUUCUGCUUCAACGUUAUAUGUUGGACAAGCGGGGCCAUUAAUUAGAGGAGCGUUCCAUGGUGCCUUUCAAGAACUCAAGCUGUAUGGAUCGCCAUCUCAAGCUGAAGUACAAUGCGUUAACACUUUUGAGGAAGACAGAAGCAGUGAAGGUGACGAGAUAGAUAUAGACAAUUUUUUGGUGGACCAAGAAGAAGGCGAUGCAGAGGGAUCUGGUCGUUAUGGCACUAUACCGCCAUUUCCACCGCCACCGCCCGGUCUUGACGGAUAUCCUCUACGCCUUCGUGGUGAAAAAGGAGAACGUGGACCAAGGGGUCCACCAGGCGAAUCGAUUAGGGGACCUCCAGGACCUCCAGGACCACCCGGUCCCCCAGGACAACCAGGGACGUCAACUACUAUAGAAAUGUCUGGAUCUGGAGACGACAAACUCGAUAUCAAACAAAUAUUCGGUGAGAACUACGCAUCGUUAGGUCAAUGUGGUUGCAACUCAAGCGUCUUGCUGUCACUCCUGGAAACCGCUCCGGAACUCCAAGGACCCCCCGGACCACCUGGCAUGGUUGGGGCUGAUGGACGAACCGGUGCACCUGGAAUCGCUGGGCUACCAGGCGUAGCUGGUGAAAGAGGGCCAAUGGGACCACGCGGUGAAAAAGGUGAUCGAGGGGAUGAAGGACCACGAGGUCUCGAAGGUCAACCAGGACCAAAAGGUGAGCCUGGCGUAGAUGGUCGACCAGGCAGUCCUGGCCCAGCUGGUCCACCAGGUCCCCCUGGGUCAUCUGACUAUAGUAAUUUUGAUUCGAAUUGGAAGCCAAGACAGAUAUAUAAGGAGUCGUUAUUCGGGUCUCACGAUGGAGCUAUUGGCAGACCUGGAGCACCAGGACCUAAAGGAGAUGCAGGGCAACCAGGCCCUAUAGGUCUUCAAGGGGAACGAGGUUUUCCAGGUCCAAAAGGAGAAAGAGGUCAAACAGGACAAACAGGGUUAAAAGGAGAUCGUGGACAUCCCGGACCAAAAGGUGAUCGUGGGUUAAAAGGUGAUCGAGGUAAUCCAGGGUUUGACGGUCGGCCUGGUCUCCCAGGUGCUAAUGGCAGAGGAGGCGAAAAAGGAGAGAAAGGCGAACGAGGAACACCUGGACCACCUGGUCCACCGAUAUUACCAACUGGAUUAAUUGGCACAGAAGAAUUAGAACUCCUAACCGCAAAUCAAAGAUUAGCCGCUAAAGGUGACAAAGGUGAAAAGGGUGAAAAAGGAAUCCGUGGAAAUGACGGUAGUCCAGGAUUCCCUGGUAAAGAUGGAAAACCAGGUGAAAGAGGUGAUAUUGGUCCAUCUGGAAUGCCUGGUAUCGCUGGACCACCUGGGUCCCCAGGACUUAAAGGUGAUAGAGGUGAAAGAGGUCCACCCGGCCCAGUCAGUAUAACGUCUGCUUCUGGUUCCGAUAUCGUAACAAUCAAGGGUGAUAAAGGAGAUUCUGGCAUGCGUGGUAGAAGAGGAAGGCCUGGCCCACCAGGUCCACGUGGGCCUCAAGGUCUUCAAGGCCCACCCGGACUUCCUGGUAAAUCGGGUGAGAAGGGUGAAAUAGGAUUACCUGGAUGGAUGGGUCGGCCAGGGACAUUGGGACCGCCUGGAGUAGCUGGCCCCGUAGGACCAAAAGGAGAGAAGGGUGAUCCUGGAAUUAAUAUAUUAGAUCUCUCGUUGUUCAAAGGAGAAAAGGGAGAUCGAGGAAACGAUGGUACGCCUGGUGUAAAGGGAGCGCAGGGUCCUCCUGGCCCCCCGGGUUUCGCUAAACCUGACCCAAUCCAAUACGUGCCCGGACCCCCUGGACCGCCUGGUCCUCCAGGGCCCCCAGGAACCCCUGGUAUAUCAAUAGUUGGACCAAAAGGUGAACCUGGUGUUAUUGGUGGACCAGUUCACGGACUGACAAAACUAUACGGCGGACCAGCUUAUCUUGCAAGUGAACCCCGAACACAUUAUGAAGAGCACAAUCCAAAUACGAACGUGCCUGGAGCUGCAGUAUUUCCAACAACAGAAGAAAUGUUGAGGCUAGCGUCAUCAAGUCCGGUGGGUGCGUUGGCUUACGUCAUCGAAGAACAAGCUCUUUUUGUAAAAGUUAAUACCGGCUGGCAAUACGUUAUGUUGGGGUCGCUCGUCACCCGGUCCGCGCCGGUAACCACAACCCCAGCGCCCCCGUCUCCGCCGAUGCCCGCGGCCAGCUUGGUCCACAUGCCGCAAAUAUCAAACUUAGUCGAAAACUCACCACCGUUGACACCAGUGGGACCAAGUCUCCGCUUAGCUGCUCUUAAUGAGCCACUAUCUGGGAACAUGCACGGUGUACGACGGGCUGAUUAUGCCUGCUAUCGGCAAGCCAGGCGCGCUGGUUUAAAAGGAACAUUUAGAGCUUUUCUUACUAGCAGGAUUCAAAACCUCGAUUCUACUGUAAGAUAUUCGGACAGACAUUUGCCCGUCGUGAAUAUUCAAGGAGAUGUAUUAUUUAAAUCUUUCUCAGACAUAUUUGAUGGAAACGGCGGUGUUAUAGCAGGAACACCAAGGAUUUAUAGCUUUAGCGGAAAAAAUAUCAUGACGGACUCACACUGGCCACAAAAACUCAUAUGGCACGGUUCGCAUGCAAGUGGUGAACGUGCCCUAGACACUUUUUGUGAAGAAUGGCAGAACGGCGAACCAACUAGCAGAGGGAUGGCUGCUUCGCUGUAUUCCCACAAAUUGCUUUCACAAGAGAGAUAUACGUGCAAUAAUCACUUCGCAGUACUAUGUAUAGAAGCAACGUCUCACAUAAGCGUACGAAGAAGAAGAGAUACGUCAAGGUACAAUUUAACAUCGCUAUUAGACGACGAAGAUUAUUUGUACAACGCAGAAGAAUAUCAACAAUUGCUUAAUGAGAUAUUUGCUCAACGUUUUAGAGAAAAUUAGUUCUAUUUAUAUUAUUUAUAUUUUUCAAACGAAACGCUAUCAGAAAAAAAGCCACGUGAAUUACCAUUUUAAUUCCUUAAUUUAUAUCAUAAAUUUUACAUUUACACCUUUUAAACAAUUGUCUAUAUGUUGAACAGUUUCAUAUUUUAUGAAUUAUUUUACAAAAAGUCAAAAACUAAAAUGGCGUUAAAGUACUAGUUUUACUAAUACACUUUCGCCUUUCACAAUGUCUUUAAGUUAAAAUAAUAAACAAAUGUAUUACGAGACUAUGUGUGUACCUAUUGGUUUUGUUCGUUCAUAAUAAAAACACAGUUCUUCAUUAAUAUGUUAGCAUUUGUAAAUAACGAAAUUAAAUUAUUAUAUUACGUUCAA